GCCCCAGAAUGCACUGAGAUAAACAACCAAGAUGGCGGAGGAAGAAGACGGUGGAGGUGAUGAGAACCGGCUGUUGGUGCCUGUGUCGGAUGAUGAAGAUGACUUUGCUGAGAUGGAAGUCGAAGACCAUGACAGUGAAGACACUGAAAAACCUAAUGCCAUCAAUUUUGACCCAAGUUUACCAACUGCGCAUUCUUACCUGGGGACUGAAAUGGAAGAGUUUCACGGCCGGACCGUGCAUGAUGAAGACAGUUGUCCGACUUUCCCAGUUCUUCCUCAAAUUGCGGUUAUUCUGAUUCCUGGGCAAACCUUACCAUUGCAGCUGUUUCGUCCUCAGGAAGUAUCCAUGAUGCGAAACCUGAUUCAAAAAGACAGGACAUUUGGUGUUCUUGCCUACAGUGAUCCUUCUGACAGAGCUCCAGAGUUUGGGACAACAGCAGAGAUUUAUGAAUAUAGGGAAGAACAAGAAUAUGGCAUUGAAACUGUAAAAGUGAAAGCUGUUGGGCGUCAGAGAUUUAAAGUUCUUGAAACGAGAACUCAAACUGAUGGAAUUCGUAUGGCCAAAGUUCAGAUUCUGCCAGAAUGGGUUCUUCCUUCAAGUAUAUCAGGAGUGCAGCUUAAUUCACUUAACAAACUUCACAUGUUUGUUUCAAAUAAGCCUCCUGCAUGCCGGUUAAAACAAAAUCAGGGAUGGUGGCAGAAAUAUAUGAAGAGAAAGUUCCAUUGUGCAAAUCUAACUUGGUGGCCUCCAUGGGUGUAUUCUUUGUAUGAUGCAGAAAUAUUAAUGGAAAGAAUGAAAGUCCAGCUUCGCGAGUGGGAUGAAAAUCUCAAGGAUGAUUCACUUCCUUCAAAUCCUGUAGAUUUUUCUUACAGAGUUGCUGCUUGCUUACCUAUUGAUGAUGGUUUGAGAAUUGAGCUUUUAAAAAUAGGCAGUGCUAUUCAGCGGUUGCGUUGUGAAUUGGAUCUGAUGGACAAAUGUACGUCUCUUUGUUGUAAAAGAUGUUAUCACACAGAAAUAACCACCAAAAAUGAUAUUUUCAGUUUGUCAUUGUAUGGACCCAUGGCUGCCUAUGUGAAUCCUCAUGGUUAUGUACAUGAAACCCUCACCGUAUAUAAAGCUAACAACCUGAACUUAAUUGGUCGACCAUCAACUCAGCAUAGCUGGUUCCCUGGAUUUGCAUGGACUAUAGCCCAGUGCCGUACCUGUGGUAGUCAUAUGGGCUGGAAAUUUACAGCAACUAAAAAAGAUAUGUUGCCACAGAAGUUUUGGGGAUUAACACGGUCAGCUUUGCAACCCAGGAUUCCAGAACUGGACGAUGAAAAUCAGCAGGAAGGCUGCUGGCGACCAUGUCUUUAAUACAUAUAUACACAUUCAUAUGGAUGUGUGUAUGUGUUUACUAUAAAUAUGUGAAUGAAAGUGAAUAGCACUGUAGUAACUUGUGCCAAGAGAUGAAAUCUCUUUCUGCUAAAUAAGUUAUUCAUUCAAAUAACCAACUGUAAGCAGCAGACACAACUUUGAUUUGUUGGAUUUGAUGAUUUCAAAAUUAAUCAUUCAAGUUUUAAAUUCAAGGAACUAACAAAGCAGUAUUUGAAAUAUGCUUGCACAUUGUUCUCAUGAAGUAAAAAAAUUACAAUACUGUUGUAGGCCAACUUCCAGAUCAAGUGCAAUGAUUUAAUAAAUGUAAACUUUUGGUGGGGGUUGAAGUCCUUUUUGAUUUAACAUGAUGGGCCUUGCAGUCUGGAUAAAUUGUAUUUUUAUUUAGGAUGAUGAAAUUCUCAAAAAUGGACUAUGGAAGAUUAGCUGUACCAUUUGGGGCAAUUCUUAGGCAAUGUUUUCUUUCUCCUUCAGAUUUAGACCAUUAUCUGUACUUUUUUUUAAAAAAUAGAUUAUAUUUUCAAAUUCUAGUGACAGCAUUUGGUCUUGAUUGAACGUUUUGAGUUAUUCAUUGAAAGACUAUUUAAAGGAGUACCUCAGAUGACUGUGACUUGCCCUUGUGUGAAUAACCAUCUGGUAGUCUCUUUGGAUCAAUUGACUUCUUGACAAGCUCAAGAAUUCAGUUGUGUUCCCAAGAGUGGAUGACAAAUAUAGUUGUUGCAUUGCCUUUCACCACCCACUUGCCUUCUGAGAACAAAUGUAGGAAAAGGACAUUGAAUCUUAAAUCCCAAUAAUCACUUCUACAAAUUUAUAUUCCUAGUAAGGAGUCCCUGUUGUGAAUAUCGCAAAUUUGAAUGAAAGAUCCCUUUCAUGUUCCUUCCUUUUGACAUUAGUGGGUUGUGGUGAGUGCUCACCCACAUUCCAGAUAUGUACAUCCAAUGGGUGUGUUUCUGUCGGAAGUAAUUACAGAAAACUAACCCCAUUAAUUCAGUGACGAAGUUUGAAAACAAGAUAAUGUUAGCAGUCCGAUAUGGUGGGCAUUGUAUUUCACUUUUACAUAAAUGUUAUGAAUAGCAGUUUUCUGCAUGAUCUUCCAGUGUUUAAGAUGCUCAUGACUUCCAUAAUUUUAUAUUUGAAGUAUUUAUAACAUUAAAAUAUUAAGCAGUCCAAUUAUGCUUUGUUAAUGGUAUUGAUUUAAUCUGGGAGCUGACUUGUAACCAGCUUAUUGUAGCAACUUCAUGCUUCAUUUCUGAUUUUGUUCAAUAGAUCUGCAGUUAUUUGUCUGCUGAGGCCAUUGCAAAAACUGUCACCUGCUGUAAGCAUGUCAGAGUGCCAAGUGUAAUAGCAAAUAUUCGAGCAGAACUUGAUCAAAUGCAAUGGUGAUGUGAUCAACUUGUUAAUAAGGCACUACAGUGCUGUUCUGUGCUGUCUUUUGUUCUGGUAAAUUACUUAGUUCUAAGUAUGUGAUGUUCCAGUGGAUAAGAUUUAUUUUUCUUGAAGACAGUCUGUAAAUAAUAGAAUAUACUGCUUGUUUAGUAAUUCAGAAUCAUUGAGUUGAAAGCAUUGUUUUAAUUGCAAGUGUUCUGAGAAGCAAAGUACUUUUCAGUAAUGCUGGCUUGUUCUUGCCUUUUUUCCCUUGAAACGAAAAGUUAUUAUUUACAGUGAUUAAAAAUGAAUGGCAAUACAACAAAGCCCAUUGAAGAGAUUUUGAAGACCUUAGCUGUAACUGUACCUUGCCGUACUUUUUAUGCUAGAAAACAACUUCCAUAAUUUUGUUUAAUGAAAAUAUUAAAGUCAUGUUUUAUAAGAUGAAAAGUUUGUAGUAUGAUUUUGCUAUGUUGAAUUGAAUUGGCCAAAACAUAAGCAAUAUUAAAAAGGGUCCAGCAGGGUGGUACGGUGCUUCAGUGGUCAGCGCUGCUGCCUCACAGCGCCAGGGACCCGGGUUCAGUUCCAGCCUGGGAUGACUGUCUGUGUGGAGUUUGCACAUUCUCCCCGUGUCUGCUUGGGUUUCCUCUGGGUGCUCCAGUUUCUUACCACAGUCCAAAGAUGUGCAGGGUAAGUGGAUUGGCCAUGCUAAAUUGCUCAUAGUGGUUAGGGUUGUUUAGGUUAGGUGAGUUAAACAUGAGGUAAAUGCAAGGCUAGGGGAAUGGGCCUGGGUGGGAUGCUCUUCGGAGGGGCAGUGUGGACUUGUAGGGCCAAAUGGCCUAUGGGGAUUCUAUGGUUCAGUAGUUCAAAUAUUGCACUCGGGAGACUAGUUGAAUUUAAAAUUGCCUUUAAAUCCAUCUUGGUGAUUGAUUAGGAAACUGCUAUAAUAGAACUGUUCCAUAAUAACAUCCAAAGUACCUAAAAGCAGGUGAGAGAACAGGGGGCAAGUCUCACUUCUGGCGCAUUGUGUGGAAAGUAAAAGUGCUGUAUUUUAGUUGAAAAAUACUUAAUAUCCAGAAUCUGAGCUGUUUCAAAACUUGUUUGAAGAGGAAGACUGAAGCCAUGCUCUUUAAUAUUAAAUGCAAGAAAUAAAAGAUGAAAAUUCAA